CUGCUACCGUCAUUUUCAGUUUGUUCAGCCGAUCGCUGUGAUGAAGGAUGGCGGUAUUCACCGCAUUCAGGAAAAUGUUAUAAAUUUUAUCCAAAAGACAGUUCAUGGGCUUUAGCAGAAUUCAAAUGCUUUUUUAAUGGUGGACAUCAUGUUUCCCUGCACAGUGUAUACGAUAAUCAGUUUGCAAGAGAGUUAGCAAAAGGAGCUAAAACAAUAUGGCUGGGUAACGCACAGUUUGGAAAAUCAGUUGAUUAUGUUUGGACUGAUCACUCCCCGUACAACUAUGAGUCAUGGCCACAUGGAAUUCGACCGCCAAGGAUCAGCGGUAGGCAGUGUACUAAAAUGAACAUUGUAACUGGAGAGUGGUUCCAGAGUUGCUGUAAGGUUCCGUCGCCGUACAUCUGCCAGAAAGACGCCAGGCUGGGUUCACAGUACGAUUCUCAUCAUCAGAAGUUACAUAACAUCGUCGACAACAGCAAUGUACCACUUUCUUGA